AUGUCGGCUUUCGUGUACAUGGACUUUGCUGUGGGCGGCGAGCCGGUUGGCCGGGUCGUCUUCGAGCUGUUUGACGACACACCGCUCACCUCGGCCAACUUCCGGGCGCUGUGCAAGGGAGACAAGCCCACCCCCGAGGGCUCGGUGCCCCUCACGUUCAAGGACAGCAAUAUCCAUCGCAUUGUGCGAAACUUUGCCAUCCAGGGAGGCGACAUUGUCUACGGCGACGGGACCGGAGGAACCUCCAUCUACGGCGACCAGUUUGACGAUGAGAACUUUGUGCACAACCACGCCGAGCCGUUUGUGCUGAGUAUGGCCAACGCGGGCCCCAACUCCAACAAGAGCCAGUUUUUCGUCACUCUCAAGGGCUCGCCGCAUCUCGACGGCAAGCAUGUGGCCUUUGGCAAGGUGGUGGCCGGCAAAAGUGUGCUUCGACAGCUGGAGGAGCUGGACACGGCCCCCGGAGACGUUCCCGUGCUGCCCGUUACCAUCACCAACUGCGGGGAGCUGAAACGAGACGCAAAGCUGCUCUUGCCCUUCAUCGGCUCCCAGGACGGACUCACAGCCGACAAGUACGAAGAGCACCCGGACGACAACUUCAAUGUGGGCAAGGAGGAGGGCGAACUCAACUUUGACGACCCCGAGCAGGCCCUCAGAGUGACCCUGGAGAUCAAGGCGUACGCCACCGAGGUGUACAAGAUGGCUGGAGACGCCGAGAGCGAGGAGGAGAGGGCCAUGGUGCUGCGAGUGGCUCUGCAAAAGUACAAAAAGGCCCUGAGAUAUGUGUUUGAGCUGUCGCCGGACCCGGACAGCAGCAAAAAGGCUUACGACGAGUUCCAAAAGGCCAAACUGGCGCUGAAUCAAAACAUGGGUCUGGUGGCUCUGCAGCUGAAAAAGUACGAUCAGGUCAUCAACUCCACCACCUCGGCCCUGGAAAUGGAGUGUGCCACCUCCAGGGACAGGGCCAAGGCUCUUUCGCGACGAUCUUCGGCAUACCAGGGACUCAAGAAGCAGGAGCGGGCCAUCAAUGAUCUGGAACAGGCCCACGAGCUGUUGCCGAGCGAUCCCCAAAUCUCCAAGAGUCUGACGGCUCUCAAGCAGGAGAGUGAAAUGAAGGAAAAGAAGCAGAAGGCUCAGUACGCAAAGUUCUUCAGUUGA